AUGGUAGCAGUCAGACAAGAACUUCAGGAGAAAGGUCCAAGAAGAACAGAAAAGGAUUUUGGCCAGGUGUUACUAACUCUGGUGGUUUUAAAUCUAAGUCUAGGAGUUCUAGGUCUAGUUAGGGAUCAGGCCAUAGUCAGAGUUCUGUACAGCAAUUCAUGGGGAGUGAUUCUCAUGUUCAGGGAUGUUUCAUCCAGACGAGUGUCUAAGAGGAGCUGGAGUUUGUUAUUAGUGUGGUCAAAUGGGACACAUAAGGAAAGAUUGUCCAGCCUGAUCUCAACAGAUUGGAGCAUCUCAGAUAGUAUUUUCUCAGCUAGGAUCAUUACGCCAGACAGAACCGAGAUCAGAGAGCUACAUCAGCAAGGUCGACGAGGGGUGGAUAACCUAAUAUUGCUAGGGACAGUACUUCUAGACAAGGAUCCCAGGCAGAUCACUAAGCUGGAAAUUGACGAUAUAUCAGUUGUGCGAGAUUUUCCUGAUGUCUUUCUAGAACACAUUCGGAGAUUACCCCCAGAUAGGGAGAUUGAGUUCUCUAUUGAUUUGAUCUCCGAGACACCACCUAUUUUACGGGGAGCACCUGUAUUAUUUGUGAAGAAGAAAGAUGGCACAAUGAGAUUAUGUAUUGACUAUAGCCAGUUGAAUAAGUUGAAUAAGGUAACUAUUCGUAAUAAGUACCCUCUACCCCGUAUUGACGAUUUAUUUGAUCAACUUCGAGGUGCUUCAUUAUUUUUGAACAUUGAUUUGCGUUCAAGGUAUCAUCAGCUCAGAAUUAGAAGUGUUGAUGUACCAAAUACUACUUUCAGAUCUCGAUAUGGCCAUUAUGAAUUUUCGGUGAUGCCGUUUGGAUUAACUAAUGCCCCGAUUACAUUUAUGGACUUGAUGAAUAGAAUGCUUCACCUAUAUCUGGAUAAAUUUGUUAUUGUCUUUAUUGAUGAUAUAUUGGUCUAUUCUCGCAGUCGUGAUGGGCAUGCUGUGCACUUGAGGAUUAUUUUGCAGACUUUACGAGAUAAGCAGUUGUAUGCUAAGUUCAGCAAAUGUGAAUUUUGGCUGGAUAAAGUUGUGUUUCUAGGUCAUGUUAUCUUUGUUGAAGGUAUAUAUGUAGAUCCUAUAAAAAUAGAGGCAAUGAUGAAAUGGGAAAGCCCUACUAAUGUGACAGAGAUAAGGAUAGCAGGUUAUUACCAUCAAUUUAUAGAGGGAUUCUCCAAAAUUGCCCUUCCCUUGACCAGUUUUACUCGAAAGGACUCUAAAUUCGUGUGGACUGAGCAAUGCUAG